AGAAGCUGCUAUUUCACCCUGCCAUAAAGCUGUAUGCCGUAUUGCAGUUAGUGUUGUUGUGAGUUGCACUAGCUAGCAGAAGGAUGAGGAUAUUCAGAUUUAAUAUUUUGGCAUUUUCUUUAUUUUUUGUGGGGCGGUAUAGCACAUUUGCGCUUCAGGAUGUAACAGCCGAUCUUUUCGGUGCCGAAAAUUAUGGGACGGUGGCAGCGUUUGGAGAUUUUUACUCGGAUAAACAGACCGACAUCUUUAUCAUCCGAGAGCAGUCGGAAGUGGUGAUAUUCAUGGCUGACUUGAAAACACCUUACUUCAAGCCCAAAGUUCACAUCACUAAGGACACUUUUCCAAGGGGCACCAUCAUCACCAGUGUGGUUCCCGGAGACUAUGAUGGAGACUCUCAGAUGGAUGUCCUUCUUACUACUGAGAUCAAGUCCGAGCCAACAACUGUUUACAUCUUCUGGGGGCACAACCAGACAUUAGAUAUAAGUGGGAGCCUCAAGCUGAACAAGACCUUUAUAGAUCAACCUCUUGUUAUGGAUUUCAAUGGGGACAUGAUCCCAGACAUUUUUGGAGUCCCCGAACCCCAUUCCACCGAAGUCUGCUAUCUCACCAACAGGAUUCCAGUGUGUCACAAGGCACUGAGUUUACCUGUCAACAUGCGCAUCCCUCACUCUAACGCUUUCAUUGACCUCAACAAGGACUUCACCGCUGAUUUGUUGCUGACCACUGAAGGGCCUUCAUUUGAGACCUGGAUCAGCAAGGAUGGGAACUUCACCAGAGUUGAAGUCAUGCCUGCAGAUUCAUCAUUCAAGACUGUGGGACAGUCCUCCUUUGUCGACUUUGACGGUGAUGGAUACCAGGACCACCUCCUCCCAGUUUGUUUUGAUGAAGGCUGUCGACGCAGCGGCAUCUACCUGGCCAAGUCAGGCUCAAAAGAGUGGGUACCAGUGCUGUCGGAUUUCCAACAGAGGGAAACGGUUUGGGGCUUUGUGCAAGGGAAACCCAGCUCACCCCUGACCCUGCACAUUGGGGACUACAACCUGGACGGCUUCCCUGAUGCCCUGGUGGUCCUCCGCAACACCAGUGGCAGUGGUCAGCAGGCCUUUCUAUUGGAGAAUGUGCCCUGUAACAACGCCACUUGCCAAAGUGUAGGCAGAAUGUUCCGCAUCCACUGGGACCAAUCAGAUUUGGGAGCCAUCCAAAAUGCCGUCAUGGCAACAUUCUUUGACAUCUAUGAGGACGGUAUAUUAGACAUGCUGGUUCUAAGCCAGGCAGAGGGCAAAAAAGACUUGAUCAUCCAUGCUUUAAAGAACAAUUUUGAAGCUGAUGCCUACUUCGUUAAAGUGAUGGUGCUCAGCGGCCUCUGCUCCAAUGACUGUCCAGAAGAUGUCAAGCCUUUUGGUGUUAACCAGCCAGGUCCCUACGUCAUGUAUACCACAGUUGACUCCAACGGCUACCUGAAAAAUGCCUCUGCCGGUCAGUUGAGCCAGUCAGCUCACUUCUCCCUCCAGCUGCCCUACACUGUGCUGGGCCUCGGACGCAGCGCCAACUUCCUGGACCAUCUUUUUGUUGGCAUCCCCCGGCCGCUUGGAGAGACGGACGUGAGGAAGCAGGAGUGGACUGCCAUCAUUCCCAACUCUCAGCUCAUUGUCAUCCCCUACCCCCACAACAAACCCAGCAGUUGGAGCGCCAAGUUGUACCUGACUCCUAGCAACAGCGUGUUGCUGACGGCCAUCGCUCUGAUCGGAGUGUGCGUCUUCAUCCUCGUCAUUAUUGGUAUACUCCACUGGCAAGAGAAGAAAGCGGACGACAGAGAGAAGAGGCAGGAAGCCCACCGUUUCCAUUUCGAUGCCAUGUGAAGGGAACUGCACCAUGGGAGAGAACAUCUUCUCCUGUACUCCUCCGCCUACCCCUCACCCCUCCUUCCUGCUUCACACACACACACCUACACACACAUUUUCACUCAAGACUAAUUUCAAGGGCCAAUAAAUGGAUCCUCAUCUGCCCCAAAACAUUUCUUUUUGAUAUUUUCCAGUCCUCCAGUCAGAUGUGAAAUAUUUAUGUUCCAUUUCCUUUAUUCAUUCCAGUGUUAGAAGUACAGGAGCUGCAACAAGGCUAUGGAGACACCGAGAUAAAUCCCUAACGGAGAUCACUCACUCUGUUUAAAGCAGGGAUUUCUUUGGACAGGCUGUAGUGAACAGAGUGAUCAUCCGUGGUGUUAUGAGAGUAUUAUUUUGACAAAAUGACACAGAUUUCUGUUGAAAUGCCCAACAAAUUACUCAAUAUACAAUAUUAUAAGCUGUUUGUUUAUUCACUGGAAGGGUUAUGUGUAUUGUUACUUGAAAUCUGUUAGUGUGUUACUGUCCCUUGUCUUUGUUUUGUUGAUUCCCCUGUUUUUUUCACUUGACUGAGAUAUUGUAAAGAAAUCCGUCUGAUUUUAUUACCUGUGAAAUUAAACUAAAUUUCAUUCUGUGUGUGUGUAUAUAUAUAUAUAUAUAUAUAUAUAUAUAUAUAUAUAUAGAAUAUGCCUUGUAAUUGCAGCAGUGACUGGUGCAAAGUGAACAAAAAUGGACACAAUAUGAUUCUGUGGAUGGAACAUUUUUCUGCUACCAAUCCCACCAAAAGUGAUGAAUGGCCUUCAGGUCUGCAGAGUGCAAAUUCAUCUUUUUCCCAGUUGAUCGUGUCACAGUGCAUCAUGGGAGUGCCAAAAAUAAGAGUUUCUGUGUUGCAUCCUGCAAAUUUCUAAAGCUACUACAUCAAGGCUCAGUGAAUAGUCUAAAAAACGGUUUGUCCUGCUGAAUAAGACACGCUCCUAUAUACUCCAACACUCCAGCUGGUUUCGGGAUGUAGUUAUAAUUUUUGUUGUCUUUUUAAAAUCGUGCCAGGCACUCUGGUAUGUUCAGACACUUUUUACAAGAAUGAGCUCAUGCCUUUCCAAGUGGUUUGCACUUUUAAAGUAAUGAUUAAUUGCGCAUGUAUGUAAUUUAUUUUGUUUUGUGGAUUUGCAAAUGAAUGUUCCAGCAAACUAAAUGUGUUUACUUACUGAGGUUGAGAAUAAAGGUUUAUCCUGCUUAAAUCCA